AUGUCACAGCCAGCCAGUACCUCGCUGCUUGACCAGAUUCACGUGACCGCCGAGGAACGUGAAUUUGGCUGGAGCGGAAGUCUCAGUGGAGUAAGGGGACUCAGUGAACGGCAGGCGCGGCGCAUAUUACAUUUCGAAAAUUCCCUCAGGCAACACCUUGAAGUCGACAGACCCGACAUCCAGCCUGAGCGGAGUACGACAUCUAGUAAUGAAUUCGGAAUGGUCCACUCUACAAAAGAGCCUUUGGAGGUAGUGGCAGCAAGACAUUGUCGGGCGACAUGCACUCGUAACCCAUUCAGCCCCUGUAUUUUGAAGCCACGGGCGUCACUUCCUGAGUAUCAAAGAUUGGCCAGCUCUAGACUCAAUCGAUCUCUGCGCGUCAGUCGUAGCCAAUCGUCAUUCUUACGGUUUAGAAGCUUGAAAAAGUCCAAGUCUGAGGAAAGUACCUGGUCAAGUGAAUCCGACGAGUUAACAUAUCUUAUCGCUCGGGAGAAGAUAGACAAUUCAGACGUUUUUACCGCACAAGAAUCAGGCACGGCGAAUCUGGAAAGGAGCCAUUCCAAAACAGGUUUACGUGGUCUAGUGCGCAAAUUGGUCGGAAGCGCAUUGCUCAGUCCCACGGCCGAUCGCUCUCCAAGGAAGACGAAUCAAGAUAGCAAUUUUACAAAAGACCCCUCGCCUCUUUAUCAUUUGUCGCAUGACAUGGUUGGUGCUGCAUCUCCCUUUCCAAUGCGACCCCCGCUUUACCUAGGUUCAAGACAUCAUUCUUCAUCUCCAAAUGGAGAGUGGAUAGGCGUCAGUCGGAAGGUGGUCUCAGAUUCUUAA